AUGCGUGGGCGUGGCAGGGGCGGCUACGAGCGCGGCGGGUUCCGCGGCGGCCCCGAGCUGGAGCGCGGCGGCUACCGCGGCCGUGGCGAGCGCGGUUUCCGCGGCUUCCGCGGUCGCGGCGGUCUGGAGCGCGGGGGCCGCGGCGGUUUCGGGGACCCGGGCUGCUACCGCGGCGGCUACGCGCCGCGCGGCGGCUUCGAGCCGCGCGAGGGCUACGGCCCGCGCGGCCGCGGGGGCUACGACCCCCGCGGCGGGUACCCGAGCCGCGGCCGCGGCGGCUAUGAGCCGCGCGGCGACUAUGAGCCCAGGGGCGGCGCUGAGCCGCGUGGCGGCUACGAGUCACGCGGUGGCUACGAGCCGCGGCGUGGCUUCGGGCCCAGGGGCGGCGGUCCGCGGGGCCGCGGCGGCUACGAGCCCCGCGGUGGCUACAUGCCGCGCGGACGUGGCGGCUUCGAGGGUCGUGGCCGUGGUCGCAGCAGCCACUACGAAGAGGAGCGCGCGCCCUACGCGGACGCACCGCCGGCCAAGCGCGGCCGCUUCGUGGGCGGCGGUGACUGGGGCGGCUACGGCGGAGAGCGUGGCGGCUAUGAUGAGCGCGGCUACGGUGGAGAGCGCGGCUACGGUGGAGAGCGCGGCUAUGGCGGAGAUCGCGGCUACGGAGGAGAUCGCGGCCAUGACGCGGGCGGCCGCGACGAUUCUUACGGAGACGGCCAGCACUACGGCAAUGGCUACGACGACAGAUCGUACGACGCCGGCUACGCAGGCAACGGCUAUUCGAAUGGCUACGGCUACGAGACAGGUGGAGGUUGGCAAUAGUUUGCGUGUCAGCUCGUGGUCAGAGCCGUAGUAGCGUGCACCCGAAGCCGGAGUGGCUGAGGACAGAUGGUGGGGAGGGAGCGGCGGGGCCUUGGCGGCCUGGUGAGGGGUGUCUGGCGACAGGAGGAACGACGGAUGUAGGAAGAAUGAGAGACUGAAAGAGAGGGAAGGAGGACAGAGGAUGGACGGAGCGUGGACGAUAAAG